UUAAGAUGAGUAUUAGUAAGCGACAUUACUUUAUUUUUCUGUGUAUCUGAUCAUAUAGUGUCAAACGAAACUCGACGUUCAUAUUUUCACGAAUCGAGAUUUCAAUAGUAAAUAAAUUCAGAAUUAUGUUUCACUUUUUUGUAGUAGCAACAGUGCUUUUUGUGACGACCGACGCAUAUGUGGACAGGAAAUCCAUUCAGCAACCUUGGAAAAAAAUUGAUACCGAAUUACGAGAAGUUCGUUCGUUGAAUGAUAAUCUUCCUUCAGUACUUUUAUCCAAUUAUAAAAACAUAACGUACUAUGGCAAUAUUACCAUAGGAACUCCGCCGCAAACAUUUAAAGUGAUAUUUGACACUGGUUCUGCAAAUCUUUGGAUAUUCUCCAAAAAGUGCAACGUCUCUGUUUGUUUAAAACGUAAUCAAUAUGAUAGUACAAAAUCCAGCACAUAUAUAGCAAAUAGUACUUUAUUUCAUAUGAAAUACACCGAUUACAAUAUAGAAGGAUUUCUAUCUAGUGAUAUAGUGAAUGUUGCCGGCCUGAAUAUUCAAAAUCAAACAUUUGUAGAAGUGAGCAAUUAUAACCAAUUGCCAACCGUAAAUGAACGCAUAAUUCGUUAUAUACCAGUGAUUGAUGGUAUCUUAGGCCUGGGAUAUUCCGACAUAUCUGUCGAUAGAGUAACGCCUGUCUUUGACAACAUGAUUGCACAAGGUCUAGUGUCAUCUCCUAUUUUCAGUUUUUAUCUAAAUAGAGACACUUCAGCCGAAUUAGGUGGUAAACUGAUAUUGGGUGGUUCCGAUCCUGUUCAUUACGAGGGCGAUUUCACAUAUAUUCCUAUUAGUCGGAAAGGACACUGGCAACUUAUUAUGGAUAAAAUAGUAAUAAAUGAUACCAAUCUUUGCGGAGAAAGUUGCGGAGAAACUACUGUUGAUAUGGAGACUUUGUUUAUAAUGGGACCAAAAAAGAAUAUUAAACUUAUUAAUACACUUAUACAAAUUUAUAUGGAUUGCGAACAAAUUUCUCAGUUAUCUACAAUCCAAUUUAUUUUGGGCGGUAAAGCAUUUAAUCUCACCAAUAAAGAUUACAUGUUCCCGGCAUUAGAUGAGGAUAUUUCUAAUGAAAUUGUAUGUCUAUGCGGCUUUAUGGAAACUAACAGGCAAGAAAUAAAUUGGGUAUUAGGCAGGAUCUUUAUUAGUCGCUACUACACCGAGUUUGAUAUGAAGAAUAAUCGAUUGGGAUUUGCUUUGGCGAAAUAAAUAUUAACUAUUUUCUCUAGCACUUUUUAAACAUCAUUUUAUACAUCAUACAUAAUAAAAAUGUACAUAAUGUGCAUUUAUGUACAUUUGCUGGCAUAUUUUGUGAAUUUCACAUAGUCCUGGAUUAAAAUUGGGUACAAAAUAUUAUUAUAUUUUUAGAUAGCUAACAUU